AUGGCUUGCGACAUCAAUGAUUGUGCCGUAUUUGUUUACGCACUUUUUGGUAUUUCUGCCGGAAAUCAUCGUCUCUGGUCCCACAAUGCAUUUAAGGCCAAACUUCCCUUGCAAAUUAUACUGAUCAUAGCAAGUUCUUUAACAUUCCAGUACAGUGUUUUAAAUUGGGUCAGAGAUCACCGAUUACAUCACAGGUAUACGGAUACAGAUCCACACAAUGCGGCUAGAGGGGUCUUCUUUUCACAUAUAGGGUGGUUGCUCGUCAAGAAACACCCGGAAGUAAAAAGACGCGAAAAGUUCACAGACUUAAGGGACGUUAAAGCAAAUCCAGUUUUGAGGUUUCAAAAGAAGUGGGCGGUACCCUUUAUUGGUAGUAUAUGUUUUAUAAUACCAACUUUGAUACCCGUCUACUUCUGGAACGAGUCACUAAACGUAGCGUGGCAUCUCAGUUUCCUCAGAUACGUUGCAUCUCUCCACCAAACAUUUCUGGUUAAUAGUUAUGCACAUUUCGUCGGAACUAGGCCAUAUGACAAGCGCAUACUACCCACUAAUAAUAGAUCAAUUAAUGUUGUGGUCCUGGGGGAAGGAUUCCAUAAUUUUCAUCAUGCAUUUCCCUGGGAUUAUAGAUCUGCAGAAUUAGGGACUUUGUUUUUUAAUCCGACUACUUGGUUUAUCGAAUUAUUUGCUAAGAUUGGAUGGGCGUACGAUCUAAAGACUGCCUCAAAAGCUGUAAUAGAGGGCAGGGCUCAAAGAACGGGUGAUGGUACACGGGUUCAAAAUAAGUCUGUAAGUUGAUAGGAAUAAAACGUUUAAUAUUAACAAUUCGUAUUAAAAAUAAAAUGAAAAAUAUAGUU